GUGAUGAAGACUCUGGACCCACAUGUAAAUGUUGUUCGUCUAUUGGGUUGCUGCUCAGAAAAGGAUCCAACUUUCGUUAUACUUGAGUAUGUAAGUCGUGGGAAGUUGCAAACAUAUUUAAGAAACUCCAGGGCAGAAAGACAUUAUGGAAAUACACACGGAAAAUCAAAUGUUUUGACUUCGGGUGACUUGACAUCAUUUAUGUAUCAAGUUGCUAAAGGAAUGGAUUACCUAACGUCACGCGGAAUAAUCCACCGUGACCUUGCUGCUCGUAAUAUUUUAAUAACGGAUGAUCACACGUGCAAAGUGGCUGACUUUGGAUUUGCAAGAGAUAUUAUUACAUCGAAAAUAUAUGAACGAAAGAGCGAAGGAAAAUUGCCAAUCAGAUGGAUGGCUAUAGAAUCACUUUAUGAUAACAUAUUUUCGAUUAAAUCGGAUAUCUGGAGUUUUGGCAUACUAAUGUGGGAAAUUGUGACAUUAGGCUCAACGCCUUAUCCAGGGAUAUCCGCUGCCGAUGUUAUGCGCAAGGUUAGGGACGGCUAUCGUCUGGAAAAACCAGAGCAUUGUCGAAGAGAGCUCUAUAAUAUUAUGUACUACUGCUGGUCGCAAGAUGUAAAUGAGAGACCAACAUUUGCUGAAAUAAUAAAGAUGCUUGAUAAAUUACUUCACACUGAAAUGGAUUACAUUGAACUGGAACGUUUCCCCGACCACAAUUAUUAUAACAUAGUGAAUCUCAGUGGAGAAAAAUUGUAAUCCCCAAUUGGCUAUUUAUGCGUCGGGAGCGGCUUUGCACUGCCACAAAGAGCUUUAUUACAUAUAAAAUAAUUUAAAAAAUAUAGUGCUUGCUACUAUUUUUAAUGAAACAGUUAAAGCUUGCAACAUGGUAUAAAUAUUUGUUUAUUAGUAUAUUUAAUAUAUAAGAGUAGAACUAAUAUUAACUAUAAAAAUUAUAUUUAAAAUAGCCCUGGCUUCUAUAUAUAUACAUAACUAGCAUGGGAUUUGUUAUAUAU